GAGAGAGAGAGCAUGAACAUACGCUCAGUGCGCAGAAACAGAGGCAGACAGAAGUAGUGCGCGUUAGAGCUCGUACCAUCGUGCUGAAGGUGACGAGUAGAGGAUUGCAAACAGGCAGAGAGAGAGAGAGAGAGAGAGAGAGAGAGAGAGAGAGAGACUCUUGCUGAAGGUGACGCGAUGCUCCGCACCGUCAUGCUCCUGGUGUGUGUGUGUGUGUGCGCGGCGGUUAUCACCGGAGCGGCCGCCCGCCAAAACAACGGAAAUUUUCUAGACGACAAAUGGCUGACGGCUCGAUGGGACAAAUUUCGUGACGAGCCGGGAUCAUGGAACCCUGGGAAGCCGCUUGAUCAAGCUCUGGAUCCUGCCAAAGACCCCUGCUUAAAGAUCAAAUGCGGCCGACACAAGCAGUGUGUGGCCGAAGACCACAAAACGCCAACCUGCGUUAGCCAGACGAGCCUAAAGAGCACAAGUUUCAAGCCUGUGCUGGUGAAGUGUAAGAGAUGUCCGCUGACACGUCCUGCACCGGUGUGUGCGACAGACAGACACACUUAUUCCACCAAGUGUCAAAUGGAGUAUCAGGCAUGUAUCUCUGCAACACAGAUUGCAGUGAAGUGUUCAGGACAGUGUCCAUGUGUGUCAGAAAUAAACAAAGCUGUGGAGAAGAAAGAGUGCAGUGAUGCUGAACUGAACAAAGUGGCAAGCAGAUUGAGAGACUGGAGCAGAGAUGUGUACGAGAGCGGCAAGAAGCUGAAGCUCUUCAAACCAGAAAUGAUGGAUGUGACUAAAGCACCUGUCUGUAAAGGUUCCCUGGAUUGGAUGUUCACCAGACUGGACAUAAACUUUGACCUUCACCUUGACCAAUCAGAACUGUCCAGCCUCAUCUUGGAGAGGGAAGACGCGUGCACAAAGACCUUCCUCAGGUCAUGUGACCUGGGCCGAGACCAGCUCAUCUCCAGCAAAGAGUGGUGCUCAUGUUACCAGAGACACCUGGAGUCUCCCUGCCAGUCAGAGAUCACGAACAUCCACAAACAGCAAGCUAGGAAGAAACUACUGGGUCAGUUCGUCCCCUCCUGCGAUGAGGACGGCUUCUAUAAGCCUCACCAAUGCCAUGGCAGCAGUGGACUGUGCUGGUGUGUGGAUCGCUAUGGAAACAAGGUCGCCGGGUCACGCAGGAUGGGACCAGCCGAAUGCGCAUUGGAGGGUUCAGGAGACUUUGGGAGCGGGGACUCUUUGCUCUCUGAUGACGAGGACGACGUCGUCCUGAACGAUCAGGAGGACAUGGGAGACGACGAGGAAUACGACGACGACGACGACGACGGCUACUUGUCGUAAUCAACGUUAUGUGGGUUUUUUGUUUGUUUUUUUGUUUGUUUUUUCUAAAAGAGGAAGGAGAAACCAAAAGCACGAUUUUAGGCAUCACUUGUAGAAAUGAAGUACUAAUAUUACUAAUGGCUUAGAUAAAGGUAUAUUUCCCUCUCGCUGUGUAACAUUUGUAUUUUACAGAAAAAAUAUAGAACCGAUUAAUACAAUGCAUUUUAUUUUUGUUAUUCUUAUGUGGCUGGACGUUUUUGAAAGUGACUCUGCUGUAUUCCUUUGGCAAGGAAGUAGGAAUGAUCUCACACACACACACACACACACACUCACACAUACACACAAUGACAGAAUUUCUUCUACUUCCAUGUGUGUCCUUGUUUUUCUGUACCUUACAGACUUCGUUGCAACCUUUUAUCAGUUUAUAGUUACCUUUACCGUUGUCCAUGAAAAAAGUAAGUUCUUCUAAUCACUUACGUUACAGCAGCUGUAAAUAGGCGUUCCGUCACUGUUUUAUUUUCUCUCUUUUAAAACGAAUAAGACAAAAAUAAAAUGCAGCAUUGAUACUAGAGACUCCUUCCAAAUAAUUUACAAUGUACAUGUAUGGCGCUUCUUUCUCUCUGUUUAUCACAGUAAAGUAAUAAGGAACAUGUAGAACUCUCGACACUAAACGAAUGAUAAGGGAUGCCUCUAGCCACCAACAAGACAUUUGACCCUUUAAACAUGAGAUUCUUUCAGAAAACACUCAUGUCAGGAGGCACGAUUUACAGAUCAAGUCAACUAGCUGAGAAAAUUAGCAUAACUCAAAAAUGUAUUUAAUUAUUAAGUUGAAUUAGCAGACAUUUGGCGGCUAAAAGAUCUUGUUUGCCAAUAGCAGAGUGAGAAACUUUACUUAGGUAUAACUGCAUAUUUUCAGGAGGAUUUGCACUUUUACAGCAUUUGGCAAAACAAAAGUGCAAAUCCUCCUGAAAAUAUGUUUUGGUCUGUAUGAGACUAAAGUUAAGGUUUGUCUGAAUCUUGAUUCAUUUGAACUUUGUCUUGAAUAAUCUGAACUCCAUCAUGAGUCAGUGGAACUCUACCUUGAAUCAUUUCAACUCAGUUUUGUUCAAAUUCCAACUUGACUCAUUUGAACUGCAUGAGGAGUCAUUGGAACGCCAUCAUGAAUCAUUUCAACUCAGUCUUGACUCAUUGGAACUCAGAUGCUGACUAACUGGAACUAACUUUGACUGAUUUGAAAUUCAUGGUCACUCAUUUAAAUCUGCUCUUGACUAAUUGGAAGUCUUUUAUUUAUUUGAACAACAAACUUGACUCAUUUGAGCAUGAUCUUGACUCAGUUCAACUUAAUUUUGACUCGAUCUUGACUCGAUUUGAACUUGAUCUUGACUCACUAGAACUUGUUGACUUAUUUAAACUCCAACUUGACUCAUUUGAACUCGAUCAUAUCUCAUUGAAACUCAGUGAUUCAUUUGAACUCUAUAUUGACUCAUUGGAACUUGUUGACUCAUUUAAACUCCAACUUGACUCAUUUGAACUCGACCAUAUCUCAUUUAAACUCCAACUUGACUCAUUUGAAUUCGAUCGUGACUCAUUUAAACUGAUUAGAGAAACACUAAAAACACAAAUGCUACAAAUGGGCUAAAUAAAAGAAAAAAAAAAACAUUGAAGUACCCCUUUAAAACAGAGUGUUACGCAAGAGACACAUUGGCUGAUGAGAUACAAUAAUAAUCACACACACACACACACACACACAUACACACACACAGGCAUCUGUGUUUGUGCUCCAGCUUUUGAAGGCGACGCCAAACCUGAGAUCAGACUCACUGGAGCGUUGUGUGUGUCUCUCGCUCACACACAUGCACACACUCACUCACACACACAUACACACACUCACACACACACACACACACAGUAUUUUGUUGUUAUGUGUCAUCUGUUAGUUGUCCUGAGAUGUACAGUGCCUUUGAGUAGAAGAGAAAGAAACUUCUAGGGAAUUUUAGCCUACAGGGUUGUUUGGUUUUGUUAAUUUUUUUCUUUUUCACCUCCCUGUAUUCCUCUGUGUGUGUUUCUGUGGACCGUUUAUAUAUUUCAACUGACAGAACGUACAAAAAGUUCCAGAUGUUCAAUAGCUAUGUCUCACUUCAUGAUCUUUUGAUUUGAUCCGGAGUUCAAUUUAGUUGCGUUUCACGUUCGCGUCCACGUCAGAACAAAAUAGAGAAACUAGAAAAAAUAAAUCCCCUUAUGCACAUUUUUCCAGCUGUUUUGUUUUAGAAAUUCCAAAUGCAUUUUUUACAGUGUACGUAAUAUUUGCUGAAAUAAAGUUCUAUCAACCUGAA